GUCUACGCGGGCUGCUGAAAUAUAGGAAAUGGGGUUGUGAGGGGGAAGAGGCUGAAGGGAAAAAGAAAAGUCUUUUCCAAAGAGAGCAGCGGCCAGAAGCAUGAGGAGCGGCUGCUGCUGCCGGACUGCUCUUGUCGGAGGCGUAGCGGCUCAGCGGAGAGCGGCUCUGAGUUGAGUGAGUGCGGGCAGGCAGAGGGGGGGCCCUGCGCCCCUCGUCGGGGCUUGUUGCCGACCCCACGGAGGAGCCCGCGGCCCAGGCUCCUUUAAAUUGAGGGCGUUCCGCCGGCUGCCUUCAAGUUGAAAGAAAAAGGGGCCGGCAGCGGGAAGAGUGAAGAUCUAAAAUUCAAAUGCUUCCAAAGGAACUUUGAUACUUGAGGAUAUCUACUGAUUUUAUUGACUGAAAAAAACUGAUUUCAGUGAGCGAGAUAUUCACAGUGAAAGCUGUGUUUGCCUACUCCAAAGGCAACUGCCAUUUCAGGAUUUGGGAAGUACUAAAACAGGUACAACCAGUGGAUAAGCAAUGUGCACUGCUCUGAGCCCAAAAGCACGUGGGCCUGGCCUCUCUGAUAUGCACCAAUACAGUCAGUGGCUUGCCAGCAGACAUGAGGCCAACUUAUUGCCGAUGAAAGAGGAUUUGGCCCUGUGGCUCACAAACUUACUGGGUAGAGAAAUAACAGCAGAAACCUUUAUGGAGAGAUUGGAUAAUGGUGCCUUGCUUUGUCGGUUAGCUGAGACCCUGCAGGAGAAAUUUAAAGAAAACAGCUUUGAGGCAAACAAACCUGGCAAAACCUUGCCAGUACGGAGGAUUCCUUGCAAAGCCAAUGCACCUUCAGGGUCUUUUUUUGCACGAGACAACACAGCAAAUUUCUUGUCCUGGUGCAGAGAUGUAGGGGUGGAUGAUACCUGCCUGUUUGAAUCGGAGGGUUUGGUUCUUCACAAGCAACCAAGAGAAGUGUGCCUUUGUUUGCUGGAACUUGGACGGAUUGCAGCAAGGUUUGGGGUGGAGCCUCCUGGAUUAAUAAAGCUGGAAAAAGAGAUCGAACAAGAGGAAACGCUUUCAGCCCCCCUUCCAUCUCCCUCACCAUCACCAACAAAAUCUCCUGGGAAGAAGAGCACAGGGAAACUGUUGGAUGAUGCUGUUAAACACAUUUCUGAAGAUCCACCUUGUAAAUGCCCCACUAAAUUCUGUGUAGAGCGCCUUUCACAAGGAAGGUACAGAGUUGGAGAGAAGAUUCUCUUUAUUAGGAUGCUGCACAACAAGCACGUGAUGGUCCGUGUUGGAGGAGGAUGGGAGACUUUUGCAGGCUACUUACUGAAGCAUGACCCAUGCCGAAUGCUGCAGAUCUCACGAGUGGAUGGGAAAACCUCUCCAGUCCAGAGCAAGUCUCCAACUCUCAGGGACAUGAAUCCAGACAACUAUCUUGUUGUUUCUGCCCAUUACAAAACCAAGAAGGAGAUUAAGUGAAAUAAGCUUCUCGCGCGAUUGGGACUCUAUGUAUGUAGGUCCAAAUUUAUUUUCACACGUGUAGUAAAUUUAGUUCACGUUUUUAAAGGACUUCAGAAAACUUAAGACAGACAGGAAAUGGCAACCCAUUUUGAAGAUCUCUGAAUCGUAGAACUAUUUAUUUCUAGUACUGUAUCUUUUAUAGCAAGAUACCCCUGCUAGGUUCAUUACUACAGUCCUAUAAGAAAUAGACGUAUAUAUUUUUAGCCAAAUUAUUAUUCUUCAAUACAUGAAUGUAUACGUAGAGUUACAUAAAGGAGUGGAUCCUGUUAAAGGAAGAAAAUACGUAAUACAAGAUAUUUGUAUGAAAAUAUUAUGACAUUGAAUCCUUGACUGUUAGGCUAGUUGAAAAAUCUAUCUAUGCAGGUGGGAAGAAGUAUUGGUGGGAAUUAUUUGGUAGUGCCUCUUGAGAUGGGAACUGACUUUAUGGGUUGCAAGGUUGUUGCUUUUUUUAACCAACGGAGUACAAAGAGACUCAUUGCAUGCCAAACAUCUUCCCAAAGUGAUUACUUUAAAAAAGCCCAAGAAGACCCACUACCCUUGUACUCUUUAAAGCUAAAGACAAUGCUUAGUGCUAGAUGUGCCUGUAGAUCCUUCCUGUUCCUGAGAAAGCUGCCCCCUAUAGAAUGAGGAGGAAGCCAAGAGGUUGCCCGUUCUUCUCCAAUACGAUUGUGCUGGCUAACAUAAGCAGGAUGCAUGGCCAAGGGGGGUUGGGGGGGGGACAAAAGAUCUGUGCUUUUCCUUCCCCUUAUUUGUAAUUCUGCUGGUCACGCCAAAUAUAAAAUAUUCAUUACCCCAUCAGUUGAGUGAUUCACAUCCUUGUAAAUCAUUCCCACACCUCUAAAAUAGCUAAAGGCGUAUUGGGGCUUAGUUGGUAACUUUGGCUUCUCUUUGUUUAUAUUCGGUAAUUUAUGUGCCUUAUAACUUCCUACAAAAAAUCAUUUUAUAGGAUUAUUUCACCGACUUAUAAAUUUGAGCAGAACUCAUUUCAUUACAAAUGAAAUAAACAUUUUAAAAGUACACAUUUUUUGGGUAUUUGUACUCCUGUGCUCUGCUGCUGCUGACUGGAUGCUUACUGUGUAAAACUGCUCACUGAGCUCAUAAGAAAUGGAACAGAGAAUGGCACAAGAUAGCACAGAAAAUAGCUGGAUUUUGUCGCAAAAUAAAUGUCUUUUCUUUGCAGGAAAGAAAAGGAUCGAGGUGUUCCGGAAGCCACUUGUUAAAGUGUCAGUUGUUAUUCCUCUAUAAAGGCCUUAUAGGAAUGGGAGAGCAAGAUUAGUUAAAAAAGGAAACCAGGGAAGCAGAGCUGAGAGAAACAGUAAAAUGUUCUUAAUAUAUGCAGAGAGAUCUGUUUGCAAAUGAAGAGAGAAGAAUGAGAAAGUGUCAGAUGUUUAUUUCUGGAAUGAUUACUCCUUUAAAUAUAAAUUGUUGUGUUUCCAUCAUCCAA